AUUUAUAGAAGAUCCAUCAAGAAAACCUUUAAUGGCGUCUUCUUCAACAUCAUCCAAUCAAAAGAGCUUUAAGUAUCAUGUGUUCUUAAGCUUUAGAGGAGAAGACACACGUAAGACCUUUGUUGAUCAUCUUUAUGCUUCUCUUAAGCAACUAGGUAUUCACACCUUCAGGGAUAACGAGGAGCUCGAGAAAGGAAAACAGAUCGAUGAGCUCUUUAAAGCCAUUGAAGAGUCGAGGUUCUUUAUCAUUAUUUUCUCCAAAAACUAUGCAUCUUCGUCUUGGUGUUUGAAGGAGGUUACAAAGAUUAUGGAAUGUCAGGAUGAGAAGCAACAGGUUGCUUACCCACUCUUUUAUGAUGUGGAGCCCAGGGACAUCCGCAAUAGAAGUGGGCCAGUUAAAACAGCCAUCAGCAAACAUAAGACCAACAAACAGAUUAAGAAAUGGGAAAAGGCUCUUGAAAAUGCAGGCAAUCUGGUUGGGUGGGAUCUGAAAACAAUUGCUAACGGACAUGAAGCUGAAGCUAUCAAGAAAAUUGGUGAAGAGAUUUCCCUAAAGCUACGUUCCAUUCAUUUACGCAAUGAUGAAAAUCUGAUAGGCAUGGACCGCAGGAUGCAAGAGCUGGAGUCGUCUUUGGGAAUUGGUUUGAACGAGAAAGCGCGCAUAAUAGGGAUCAAGGGUAUGGGAGGCAUUGGGAAAACAACUUUAGCCAGAGCUAUAUUUGAUAAAGUAUCUUCCGGUUUUGAAGGUAGUAUCUUUGUUGAGGACGUAAGGGAACUAUCAAAACAGAAGAACGGAAUGGAAAUUUCAAAAAAGGAAGGUUUGCGAUCAUUACAAGAACAUAUACUUUCAGGUGUUCUAAACGAUGAACACAUGCGUGUGGGAAGUGUUUAUGAAGGGGAAAGAAUCAUGAGAAUGAGGCUACCCUAUAAGAAAGUUCUUCUUGUUUUAGAUGAUGUGGAUGAUGCAAAGCAGCUUGAGGCGUUAGCUGGUGACUGGUUUAAGGACGGAAGUAGAGUCAUCAUUACAACGAGAGAUGAGAAAGUGCUGCUAUCACAUGGAGUGAAUGUGAACUGGAUUUAUGAUGUCAGUUUGUUGUCUGAUGAGGAAGCAAUGAGCCUCUUUUGUAGGUAUGCAUUUAGGAGAUAUAUUCCAGAUGAAGGGUUUGAAAAGCUUUCAUCAGAAGUAGUACGUUAUGCUGCUGGUCUUCCCUUGACAAUUAAAGUUUUGGGUUCGCAUCUGCGUGGUGAAAAUGAGGAUGUAUGGAGAGGUGCACUAAAACGACUAAAAACAAUUCCAUCACGGGAAACUCUAGAGGUAUUGGAAAUAAGCUAUAACAGCCUAGAGGAUGAUCACAAGGAAUUGUUCUUAGAUGUUGCAUGCUUCUUGAAGGGGUUUCCUAAAGGAUAUGCAAUUAGAAUGCUUGAUAGCUGUGGAUAUAGUGCUGCAUAUGGUUUAAGAAUUCUUGAGCAAAGAUCUCUCAUAACAAUUUUAAAUGGUAGAUUGGGCAUGCACGAUAAGAUAGAAGAAUUGGGCAAGAAUAUUGUUAGGCGAUCGCACCCCCAUGAGCCCAACAAACAUAGCCGACUCUGGAUUCGCGAGGAAAUUGAAGAACUAUUCAUUGAUGAUUCGGGUACUGAAGCAUCAACAUGUAUAGGACUGCAGCUGAUGCCGAAGGAACUGAAUCCUGAAAUUAUCAUAAAAAAACUUGGAAAUCUGAACAGACUUAGAUAUCUUUCUCUUUAUGGGAACCUCCAUGACUGCUUCCCUAGUGGCUGGAACUUUGAUCAAACAAAACAAUACUUUCCGAAUUCGUUACAGUUUCUUUAUUGGCGUGCUUACCCUGGUUUGUCUUUACCCCAAACAUUUCUAGCAAAUAAUCUUGUUGGAAUUGAAUUGGCUAAAAGCAGAAUUGUGCAACUUUGGGGAAGUGGAGAAAGAAAGGUUCUUAAGAAGCUCAGGUUCCUCGGUCUUAGAGAUUCAAAGUUGAGGACCCUUGACCUUCGGAUGACUCCUAAUCUAGAGAAUUUAGAUCUUAGUGGAUGUCAUGAUUUGAUAGAAAUUUAUGCUCCAGCUGGAUGCCUAAAAAGGCUCAUCUUCAUAAAUUUAGUUGGUUGCUCAUGGUCUGUAUCUUCUUCAUUAUUCAAACAAUUGGAAUCACUUGUGCUUCUUAGUAUACCUAACUUAAUUGUGUCUGUGGAGUGCUUGAAGGGAUUCCUAAGGGACUCAACAAGCAAUCUACCAGUGCUACAAUUUACAUUUUAUUAUUCUAAAGAACAACCCUCGAAAACUGAAAUUGAUCGCAAGGGUGUCUUCCUAGAUCUCCAGCCUUGCACAAAACUUGAGAGUGUUUCAGGGAGAACUGGUUUUUUACAACAUUUAAGACGCCUUACAUUUAAGGGCUGUAUUCCAGAGGUGCCAAAUGACCUUGACCAGUUGAAAUGCUUAGAAGAGCUCACUUUGUACUCUACACACAUCAAAUGUCUUCCUGAUAGCGUUUGUAUGUUGAAAUGUCUAAAAUCUCUCAGCCUUAUAGAUUGCCAGCAUCUUGAAGAGUUGCCGGAGAAUCUUGGUUGGUUGGAAAAUUUAGAGGAGCUGAAUGUGUCGUCUACAAUUCUUACACAUCUUCCAGAUAGCAUUUGCAUGCUAAUUCAUCUGAAAUGUCUACUACUUGAUUCUUGUAAGUUUCUUGAGAAGUUACCCGAAGAUAUUGGGCAAUUAGAAUGUUUAGAGGAGCUGAACCUGACAAAGUGUGCAUCUGUAGGAGAUAUUCCAAACAGCAUCUGUAAGAUGAAAUGUUUGAGGUAUCUCUUUCUCCACUUUUGUAGUCAAGUCCAGAAAUUGCCAGAGGAAUUUGGAAAUCUAAAUCUUCUAGAAGUUUUAGAUGUAGUGGAUACAGGAAUAAGUCAUCUUCCACACAGCAUUUCUUCGAUGAAUGGUCUGUGUAUUUUCGGAUCCAUAUCACUUCUUGAUCAGUUGUGUGCUUUUACAACCAAGAUAGAGACCUCAGAAAAUGGAUCCUUCUGCUACAUACAAGCUGUGAAUAGCACACAUGCACCAACAGAAUUAAGGAGCCAAUCCACAGAGAACCAUCUUAAGAGGUGGUGGUGGUGUUGGUGGUGACCUUGUUGGUGAUACAGGUAGUGAAACAAGUAAAAUUUUGAAAGAAGGUAAAGCUUUUGAACUUCAAUAACUUGCAAGUACUGAAAGAAGGUUGUGUGAUUGAUGGCGGUAAUGUACAUUCUGAUGAAGACGAGGAGGGAAAUGAGGUGAUUAACAUUAUAUCCCUUUAUAAUUUUACAUUGACUAAGUUAAUAUAAACAUGUAUU